AUGAGCUUCAAGUCUGAGGAUAACCUAUUUGCCACUUACUUUGGCUUUGUAGAUCCACCUCGACUAGAAAUAAAAAACAAUGCAGUUUACACUGAAUUGGGUGCUACCGAGGAUAUAGCGAUCACUGUUUACGGUAAUCCCCCUCCUGAGCUUAACUGUGACCUUCUGAACAUCAACGAGCCGCGGGAAUUGGAACUUGUGCCCGGGGAGAAGCAAGGCGUCCGCACCUACCACCUCAGGUUGCACGAGGUGAAGAAACAGGAUGUCGGCGAUUACAAGUGUUCUGCUGUGAAUGAACUCGGCAGUUCAACAGUGACUGUACGAUUAACAUUAAGUCCGUCGCCGCCAGAAGUGAUCUCACCCAAAUUUGCCAACCACGCCGAUUACUACUUACUUGGAUGGCGCUCCAGAUCCAAGUCGCCACUGCGGAACGUUACUUUUCGUAUUCAUUCGCAAGUUCUGCAAAACGAAGGCAGCAAAGUCGACAUCACCGUAUAUCAGCCAGAAGAAUUCGUUGGUCUCAUGUGCGAAUACCGGACCGAAAAGAGUGCCGGUGGAGUGGACACGGUGGAGUUGGAAUCGAAGGGGAAAGUCAAAACGGUUUCGCUUGAAGACCAACUGGUGGCCAAGGCAAACACAAACGCAUCAGACUGGCAGGAAUUCUGGCAUCACAUCUCCAACCUCUCGCACAACUCAGAACACCGAAUCUACCUCUCUGCCUGCAAUCAGUACGGUUGCAGCAAUGGCUCGAGUGAAAUUCCCCACGUCACCUUCCGAACACCCAAAGAUGAUAGUUCCAAUAGAAUUGACCCGGCUCUUCUAGAACAUCCGCCAUCUGCGGCGUUACUCGCUGCUGCAAGCCGUGACUUUGAGGGUCUGAGCGAACCCGGAAAAGACGGCGCCACCUGGCCCGCCUCAGUCACAUUGCUUCACACCAUAAAUGCAUUCCAAUCGCUCAUCCCACCUCUUUGGUGCAAACCCCAAAUCGCCCUUUUCAACGCCUCGGUUUUGUGCCUCCUGCCUUGUCUUGAUGAAGACGUUUCUAAUUUCCACCUCCUCCUGUCGCUCCUAAUCGGUUUGAUCCUGUCGCUGCACCCACGACGCGAAUUCGUCUAG